AUGUCGCGAGCAAUAGCCAUCCCCGCUCAGGACGCUCUCAAGGAAGCUGGUUUUAGCAGCGAGCUCAUCUGUGUGCCUCCUUCUGACGAAGACCCGAGCGUAGGCAACGUUCGAGUCCUGGCUCAUCGAGAUGCAGCCUUGGGAAGUAGGAAAGGUCGACCGCUGCUCUUGUUGCAUGGACAUCCGCAAUCCUCGAUCAUUUGGAGACGUAUGGCCCGACCGCUGGCGAACGAUGGAUGGGACGUGAUCGCUGUGGAUCUGAGAGGUCAUGGAGGUAGCGAUUCGCCUUUGGUGCGCGACAGGCACGCAGAGGCGGGUCACAAUGAGCUGGGCCCUCCGCAUCAGAGUAGAUGGAGGUAUAGCAAGAGAAUGAUGGCGAGAGACGCUGUCCAUGUGAUGUGAGUGUGCUUCAAUGGGGUUGAAGUGAACCUUUCUCUCAUGGACGUUUCUGCGCAUUUUAUCAAGGCAACAUUAUGGAUACGACAGUUUUCAUGUUGUAGGGCACGAUCGAGGAGGCGUGAGUGUUCUUGAAUGACGGAGUGGCACGUUGCAGCGAGCCCUACACUGAGACUUGCACUGCACUGCGCCGUGUCCCUCAAAGCGUGUUGCGCAUCGAUUGGCGCUCGACAAUCCGAAUAAAGUCCUCAAGCUGAUUGUGCUUGACAUUGCACCGACGGUGAGUCUGACGCAUCCACUACGCUUCACGAUAAGCAGCCAUCCGAUUGACCCUGAAAUGAUUACCCGCCUUUCCAGCUGGACAUGUACACCCAGACCAACCUCAAAUUUGCCACGUACUACUGGCACUGGUUCUUCUUGAUCCAGCCCUGGCCAGUGCCGGAGGAGAUGCUCAGUCGUUCUCCUGAGACCUACGUCAACAAGAUGGUCUCACGCCUAUCCACCGCAUCUCAAGAAGUCGUGCAUCCUCCAGAAGUCUUUGCGGCCUACAUCGAAGCUCUGCGAGACUUUGACAAGGCGCACGCAACGGCGGAGGAUUACAGGGCAUCAGGGCCUGGCGGAGUGGAUCUGGAACUUGAUGCGCAGGACCGUUCGGCCGAUAGACGCCUCCAAGUACCUUUGCGCGUGCUUUGGGGCAAGAAGGGCGUCAUUGAAGCGUUGUUCGACCCAUUGAAGCUGUGGCAGGCGGUCACAAAUCCGCAGAUCACGGUGACCGGCAAAGCUUUGGAUGCGGGUCAUUAUCUGCCGGAGGAAGUGCCUGAAGAGCUGCUCGACGACAUCAGCAGCUUCUUUGGACAGUCGUGA